GACAAUUCAAAUUCUACUUGGAACAUAAACUUCCAAAACAAUAGCCAUGGAUUUACUCGAGACCCGCGAAGCCGCGCUGCGGACCAAGGUGCUGGGCACGUCGUCGUCGCCCACUGCUCCCUCUCCGCUAGUCGACCGUCUGCGCAGUCUUCAGUUGCAGCUGGAUCAGCUGUCCACCGUCGUCGCGGGGUCCGUCAAACUCCGCGAACUCUAUCAGGAGCACGCCGGGCACUUGCAGCUCACGUCCGCAAGCACCUUCGCACACAGCAGCUCCAGAGCCGGUGAUGAACUCAAGCGCGCGGCCAUCCUGAGCUCGGCGGACCGCCUGCAGCAAGUCUCGGCCCAGCUGCAGCAACUGCAACAGUUGACGUGCGUCCUGGACCAACUGCGAACGCCCGACGCUCAGCAGCAGACGAAGCUGAAGCAGCUAGAGAAUCAGAGCGAACUGCAGAGCGAACGUGCUCUGGCGCUCCACUCUAGAGUCGAGAAGGUGCUCGCCACGUACCAGCAAAUGAUCUUCGUGCUGUCCGAAAAGUGCGUCGAGUACAACGCGCUACUGGACCAACUGCAAGUCUAGAGAGAGCAAGAGUGUAAUAAAUGUCGCCUGGAUUGAAAUGCGGUGAACGGUGCUGUCUGCGGUUGCUAUUCGGACCAAACAGGCCUCGUC